CUUUCCCACGUCGACCACGUACGGACGUCGCAUAAUACCCAACGUCCACCGUUGCAUCCGCCUUUUGUAACAAAUAAAACUGGCAGAAUUAUUUCGGCAUCGCACACUUUCCCGAUUUGCUCUCCGGGGAGAAACUGUCGAAGCUGCCACCGUUUCAACGGAAUUGCUACCGCCACGACUUCCUGACAGCAGUUGAACCGCGAGCAUGUCCUCGAACAGCCAGCGGGCGCAAUCUUCAUCACCCGGCCCCGAGGAGGAUCCCGAUCUUGCACUGGCAAUUGCACUUUCCUUACAGGAACAAGAGGACAUCGGGAUUGAGUCUGUGGAAACUGCAACAGUUCCGGAAAGACAUGUGGAAAAGACCACCAAGCCAGCUCCUGUUACCAAUUUCGGAUCUCUGAUCCUUGACAGGAAGAAGAUGGAGGAAGAGCGGCUUGCCAGGCUAAAGAAACGUUCGGCAACCCAAGCUGAGCUGGAUGAUGAUCAGUCUCGGAGACCGAAGAUACAGCGGCCUGAAGCGCCUUCAAACCGCAGCACUUCCGACGCAUCUCCCGGCCUACCCAGAAAAGCUCCCACAGAAGGAGAUUUGCCUAGUCUGCCGUUCCCAAAUGGCGUGUUCAAGCGGACCUGGGCACUCGGAUACCCUAGAAAUGGCGAGGAUAUCAAAAUCGAGGAAGUCCUUCAAAAGGACAAGCUGCAGCUGGCCGUGCUCUCAUCCUUUCAGUGGGAUGAGGAAUGGCUACUCGGAAAGGUCGACGCCAGACAGACCAAGAUGCUGCUCGUUGCUUAUGCAAACAACGAGGCCGAGAAAGCUACCAUACGCGCGAAUGCCCCGAUCGGCCUCGUCAGGUUCUGCUUUCCGCCAAUGCACGGAGGGUACAUGCACUCCAAGCUGCAGAUCCUGAAGUAUGAAGGUUAUCUCCGCAUCGUAAUUCCCUCCGGCAAUCUGGUUCCCUACGACUGGGGAGAGACCGGUGUUCUGGAAAACGUUCGCUCAUCAAACCACCGGCGCACCCUCUACCAUGUAGCUGAUCUCUCGCAGAUGGUUUUCUUGAUCGACCUUCCCAGGAUCGGGGGUACGCAUCAGACUGCACCCCCGGCGGGGACGGCGUUUGGAACGGAGCUCCGGCGCUUCCUGCGAGCUCUCGGCCUCGACGAGAAACUGGUCAAGAGCCUGGACAAUUACGACUUCUCUAAGACAAGCCGAUAUGGCUUCGUUCACUCCAUUGCGGGCAGCCAUGCAAAUGACUCCUGGCAGCACACAGGCUACUGUGGGUUGGGAAGCACUGUUCGAAGCUUAGGCCUGGCCACCGAGGGACCCGUUAACAUCGACUACGUGGCAUCAUCACUGGGCUCGUUGACCCAUCGUUACUUAACGGCGAUUUACCAUGCCUGCCAAGGCGAUUCUGGCAUGAAAGAAUACGAAGCCAGACAGUCCAAACCGACCAGAAACAAGGCCGCAAAAGCUGGCCUGGCCGGUUCUAGACCGCUCGGCGAGGGGACGAUUCAAUGGCAGCAUCAUUUCCGCAUCUACUUUCCUACCGAAAAGACCGUUUCUAGUAGCCGGGGCGGUCGAUCUUCUGCCGGCACCAUUUGCUUCCAAGAGAAAUGGUGGAAAUCGUCCACCUUCCCCCGAGAAUUACUACGAGAUUGCCAGAGUGUCCGAAGCGGCUUGCUGCUGCAUAGCAAAGCCAUAUUCGUCCGGGGGCGCGCGGGCGGCGACGCAGCCUGGGCAUAUGUGGGUAGUGCAAACCUGUCGGAGAGCGCCUGGGGCCGACUGGUGAAGGAUCGGGAGUCGGGAGCGGUCAAACUCACCUGUCGUAAUUGGGAGUGCGGCGUGUUAGUUGCGGUGGAAGGCAAUCCAACGGGCACCGCGGACUCUGGAACAAGGCCAGGAGGCGACCAAGAUGCACACUCGCACCGCCAUCCACGGGCGCGGGUGCAGGCGCAGGCGCUGGAGGGGUACGCCAGGGAUGAGGAGACGUCGACAAGCAGGGAGGGUGCCGCUGCGACGGCGGCGGACAGUGAGGAGAACCGGCGGCAGCAACAGCUCGAUCGGGACGAAUCAGCGGGCCUCGAUGAAGUGUUUGGAACGACUGUGCCCAUCCCGAUGAAGGUGCCGGCGGGGCGCUACAUGUCAGAUGAAUCGGCAGCCAGCCGGCCAUGGUUCUUCAUGAAGGCCGACUGAGAGACAAGGAUGGGGGUGCGACUCAACUGAGACACCCCUUCCUAUGGGAAGGAUUGAUCAGUGGCCGUAGCAGGGGGCGCAUGGGGAGCGAGCGAGCGCGCGAGAGAGAGAGAGAGAGAGAAAGAGAGAGAGAGAGAGAGCGUGUGCGUGCGAGCAGAGUCCCUGGCGAAGUGUGGUGCGUGUGUAAACCUGAGAGCACGGACAUGGAUCUUCACAGAUGGGCAUGGCGUCGUCUCAACCUGGAGCAAGCCCCGGGUCGGCCGGGCUAAUUAGCCCUCCGAUUGCCGUGCUAAUGUUGCCAUGCCCAAGCAUAGGUACCGUUCUGUGCUUCGUUUAGCACGCCCCCUCCUUCCUGGCAGUGUUUCUGGUGGGCUGGCUAGUCUGCUCUCGGGUAGCGUAU